CAGAUGCUAACUGAAAAUGAAUAAAGGCAAACAACUCGAUGAGGAUGAUGAUGACAGCGAGCAGUUCGAAGACUUUACGGAGAAUUUUAACCAACUUGAAUUGCUGGAGACGCACAGGCAUUUGAUUCCUGUAGGAACUCAGAGCUGUUGGUCAGGACAGUCUGAUGACGACGAUGAUGAACAAGAAAGAAGUGAGGAGUGGUACGAAAUGCAAGAAAAAAAAAUGGAAAAACAUCCAGAGAAAUUGCUACUCUGGGCAGCUGAAAACAAUCGGCUGAGUACAGUGAAGAGGCUCCUUUCCGAAAAGCUGGCUCCAGUUAACGCUCGUGAUGAGGAUCAGUACACUCCUCUCCAUCGAGCUGCCUACAGCGGGCACUUGGACAUUGCCCAUGAGCUGGUGGCCCAAGGGGCAGACGUUCAUGCGCAGACAGUGGACGGCUGGACGCCCCUGCACAGCGCCUGUAAGUGGAACAACACGAAAGUGGCCGCGUUCUUACUGCAGCAGGGCGCAGACAUCAACGCGCAGACCAACGGUUUGCUGACGCCGCUGCAUAUCGCCGCAGGAAACAAAAACAGCAGAGAAACCCUUGAGCUCCUGCUGAUGAACCGCUACGUGAAACCAGAUCUGAAAAACAACUUGGAUGAAACGGCCCUUGACAUUGCUAGGAGGACUGAUGUCUAUCACUACCUUUUUGAAAUAGUAGAAGACUGCAUCAACGCCGUGUCCCCUUGAAAAGUCAUGGUUAAGCGUGUGAACGUGAGGUUUGCUGCCUCUACUUUGUAAUACAGCGUCCUGCAUGCUCGUGGGUGGUGGUCUGUCCCUUUGCCACAAGGUUCUCAUUUAAGAUACUUUAGUAUUCUCAGGCAAAACGUCACUUCUUGCAGCUCACCUCAGUGGUCUCGCUCAUAUUUGGAAGCGUUACUACUGUUGUUGCAGGUAUUCAGAAAGUCUCAGUAAUUUCAGUGGGUCUCCAUUUAAUUAGUGUAAACUUGGAGGGGCUUUUGUAAUUGAUCCGUCCUGUCAACGCAGGAGGGAAAACUGGAAUGUUUACUUCAUGUGAAAGAUGAAAGAAUUCUGGCAUGGUUAUGCAGAGUUUCUUACAGCUCACUUGAAAAUUAUUUUUUGAGAAAUUUAACUUUUUUAAAACUGCAUGAAAGCUCAGAAUGAAUGUAACUUAUUUGGGUGAUACACAAAAUGUUUAGUGAACCUGGUGUAAGGCUUAUUACAAAAUAAAAUAUUUAACCC